AUGUCUUCUUUACCAUUCUCAAUUGUAUCUUCUUCAUCUUCUUCUUUUUCUCAUAAUAGGAUUCAUGCUUAUGCUUCCAACAGUAUGCCCGAAUUCACACGAGUUCCAAUCCCACUUCCAAAAAUGCUCACACCAUCGUCUUCCAACCUGCUGGUUCAGCAGUUCAAUGGCCCCAUCCAAACAACAGUCCCAUCACAAAAGGAUGUAAUCUUCACCACAUCGCAAACUUUUCAGCAUUAUUCUUGCGACCCAAACAGGUCCAAGGCCAUGAUUCAACUACAUGCAAUCUUGGUGGCCGUAGCUGACAGGAUCGAAAUGCACAAAAGUAUUGAAGAUCAACGAAACAUUUGGAACUGCCUUCUUUUGAACUCCAUCAAUAUGAUGAUCCUUUCUGCCUCAGCCAUGGUUGCUCUCAACACAGCCAUUCACAACACUGCACUCAAAUUAACGUCCACUGUUUUGUUCACUGCCGCCACAGGGAUGCUAAUCAUCAUGAACAAGUUUCAGCCCUCACAAAUGGCCCAGGAACAACGAAAUGGAACCAAUUUGUUCAAGCAGCUUCGCAGUUAUAUCCAAGCCAAAUUAACUCUUGGAAAUCCAACUCAGGAAGACGUUAACAGUGCAAUGGAGAGGGUUAUGGCACUUGACAAAGCUUAUCCUUCCAAGUUUGAGUACCAAAUGAAAGUUCCGGAGCUAGAAAAGGAGAUGAGGGAGAAUAUAGAAGUGGAGAAGAGAAGAGAUAUGGGCGACGACGUCUAUGAGAGGCUACGAAACUUGGCUCUCGUGAUCAACAAAACCUUAGCCAUAUUAGGUCCUUUGCUCACUGGGAUUGCAGCUUUGGGCUCUGCGUUUGUGAGCCAUGGUUCGUCUUGGCCAGGCAUUGUGGCGGCCAUGGCAGGGUCAUUGGCGACGUCUGUUAAUGCAUUGGAGCGUGUAGGCCAAGUGGGGAUGGUCUAUGAAAUGUACAGAAGCUUUGGUGGAUUGUUCAAGUUCUUGCAAGAGAUCAUCGAAACAACACGUGAGAAGAAAGACGACAGCGCCAGGAAAAAGACGACAGCACAUCAUGAAAUGAAGGUGGCUAUGGAAUUAGGGAGGAGCGUUAAAAUUAAUCUGAUGAUUGGUAUCUGA